AUGGCCAAAUCUGAGUCUGAUACUGACCGCAUGUCUAUUCUCCCAUACACCGGCACUAUGGUCAUGACCACUGCUCCUGCCCCAUACCCAACUGGUGGCAUGUCAACUGGCAUUCCAGGAACUGGCUCUGGCUCAUCUACUGCUUCUCACAACUCUACCAGCUCCGUUCGGACCAGCACCCGUACCGGCUCCGGGCCAUCUUCAACCAUGACCAGCACCUCUACCUCCACUGGUCUUGCUGCCACCGCCGGCCCAGCCAUCGCCGGUGUCAUCGGUGGUGCUGCCGUCAUUGCUGCCUUCCUUUAAACGCAUUAAUUCUCGGCCAUGGG